AUGACUUUCUUCCAGUAUGAAGAUGACUGCUAUUCUCCCUGCAAUUAUGGGAGCCUGUACAGCUACCGGAGCUAUGACUGUGGCAGUCCCUGUGGUUACCGGGGCUAUGGGAGCCUCUCUGGCUACCGGGGCCUCUCUGGCUUUGGGGACCGGUAUGGUUAUGGGGGUCUGUAUGGUUACAGGAGCACUUGUGGCUUUGGGGAUGGCUUUGGCUAUGGAGGUCUGUAUGGUGGCUACAGAGGCUUCUACGGCUCUGGGGACUGCUAUGGCUACCCAAGCUACUACUCCAGCCGCUACAUCUCCCCCUUCAGUUCAAGAUAUGGACAAAGGUUUGGCUAUGGGGGCUGCUACUCCUUCUAA